CGCCCUUCCGGGUGUCACUCAGGCUCUCCUCUGCGGCCGCGAUGGCGAGACUCAUCUUCGUGGCGCUCGUGGUUAUUUCGUCGACUGAGCAGCUUCAAGCGAGGCUGAAAGAACAUCAUCCUUAUGCAAAAGGUCUCCAGUCUUUGCUCAGAGGCGAUACUGAUGAUAGCCUUGGAAGGACAGGAUUUUAUGCUCGUCAAGAUGACAUCAAACAACCAAAAGUUUCUGAAUUAACGGUUCUUGAUGAUCCCACCCAUGCUAAUGCCUCAGGAUUUAUCAUACCGAGGGAGGAUUCCAGCCAUCCUAACGCCUCAGGAUUUAUUAUACCGAAGGAGGAUUCCAGCCAUCCUAACGCCUCAGGAUUCAUCAUCCCGAGGGACGAUUCCAGCCAUCCUAACGCCUCAGGAUUCAUCAUCCCGAGGGACGAUUCCAGCCAUCCUAACGGAAAGACAAACCACCCAAAAUCCAGCUCCCCCGAGGUAGAUGGGAUAAAUAUUUUUUUAUCCUCAUUUUUCCCCAAGGGCGACAGCGGGGGCGGCCUCGUGGUCCAGGCGCCAAGUGGGCGGUGGGCGGCCGCGGGCGUGGUGUCGUGGGGGUAUGGCUGUGCACGCCCAGGAUACCCGGGGGUCCACGCGAAUGUUAGCAAUUUCCUUCCCUGGGUGAGAAGCACGACGGGUUUGGCCAAGUGUCAGAAACCAGGGCCAUCUACAUCCAGCUCCCCACCAGACGCCAUCACAACCACCACUGUCACCACCACGACGCCAUCACAAUGCAAAUGCGGCCGAACCAACAAGCGGAUCGUGGGCGGAGAGGAGACGGGCGUGAAUGAGUAUCCGUGGCAUGUGGGCAUCGCCAGGAGGGGGCAGACCUUCCCCUUCUGCGGCGCCUCCGUCAUCUCAUCGCGUCACGUGCUCACGGCGGCGCACUGCACGGAGCCGAUCACCAAAUACGGCUGGAAGGUUGAAGCUCUUGUCGGUUACCACCAACUUUCCUCGACCUCCUCCACUCCCGCUGCCCAAAGAAUACCCAUUGGCACGAUCCACCAGCACUCGGACUACAACCCUAGCACUCUGGCCAACGACAUCGCCAUCAUUGAGCUCCCGUCUCGCCUGCAGCUGGAGGACCCUCGCGUAGGACCCGUGUGCCUCCCUCGCCCUGGACUCCUGUACGAGGGCGCCGCGGCUUUCGUCACGGGGUGGGGCAGGGUCUCAGAAGGUGGUUCUCAGGCCGCGAAGUUGCAGGAAGUUGAAGUGCCGGUGAUAAGCAAUGCAGAGUGUGAAGUAAGUUACCCCGGCGCCAUCUUUCCCACUUCUCUCUGUGCUGGGGUGGCCGAGGGAGGAAAAGACUCAUGUCAGGGCGACAGCGGAGGGCCCUUGGUAACAGCGGGGAGACCCGGCCUGGAGCAAGUGGGCGUCGUCUCCUGGGGAACCGGCUGCGCGAGGCCUGGGAGACCGGGUGUCUAUACGAGGGUGACAGAAUAUCUCGACUGGAUCACUGCCAUCAUGGGAAGCGAGGGCCAGUGUGCCUGAGGCUGAAGGAAUCCCCGCUUGGCACUUCUUACGAUUUGAUCAAUUAUUGCCAAAAUACACAGCUAAUAAAUUCA